AGACGAGAUACCUCGAAAGACUGAAAAUAUCAUUAGGCGGGCAACGGACGAAUCAACGGAUAAUUCCUUUAGAUUUCUCCUUCUCUGCUAGCUCCACCCACCUGAGAAAUCACCAGAUAAGCCGGCGGCGGUGGAGAUUGGAAUCACCUCAGCGAAUCUUCACCAGUCUGAAGACAGCUCCUAAUUUUGAGAAAUUUGUAUGGAGAGCUAGGGUUUCGAUUCGGCUAAUUGAAAAGGACUCCUGUUCUCUUCUUUCGCAGACACAGAAAUGAGCACUUCAGUGAUUCUCCGCGGUGAUUGUAGUCCAUUGCUGCUCUACUCGCCGGCGAUUUGCAGCUCUUGUUUUUGCGACCUUCGCUCCCCGCCAUCCUCCGCAACAUUCGUCGCUUCUUGCCGCCGGCUGAAACGGUAUCGGUCGAGAGAUUUGAAGCUUUGCCUGGCUCCAAAGCUCUAUGAGACAAGAAGGAUAGUUUGUAGAGCGACGGAGACGCAGAUUGAACCUGAGAACAAUGACGAUAAGGAAAAUGAUGCACCUGCAGGAAGCGAGGGAGAGGAAUCGGAAGUCGAUUCACCGGCUGAACAAGUUCCCCAGCCUGAUUCUCAGCCUAUAAUGCUGAAUCAAAUCAACAAUGUCAAUGGGGAAGCCAAAGCUGAAGGUGGAACCGUGGAGGUUGAGGAUGUGCAAGUUACUUCAGGGUCCCCUCUCCCAGGCUUGAAGACCCAACAGCUAGAUGAGUCAUUCAGGAUUCCAAAGGAAACGGUUGACAUACUUAAGGAUCAAGUGUUUGGGUUUGACACUUUCUUUGUCACAAGUCAGGAGCCCUAUGAGGGCGGAGUCUUGUUUAAGGGAAACCUGCGUGGGCAAGCUGCUAAAAGCUGGGAUAAGUUAACAAAGAGACUGCACACCAAAUUUGGCAAUGAGUAUAAACUUUUCCUUCUCAUUAAUCCGGAGGAUGAUAAACCAAUUGCAGUAGUAGUUCCAAGAAAGACACUGCAACCAGAGACAACAGCGGUACCUGAAUGGUUUGCAGCAGGCGCUUUUGGACUAGUCACAGUUUUUACCCUGCUUCUUAGAAAUGUACCUCAACUGCAGUCCAACUUACUAUCAACUGUUGACAACCCCGAGUUGUUGUACAAUGGCCUUCCUGGAGCCCUUGUCACUGCACUUAUUCUCGGGGUACAUGAGUUGGGCCACAUAAUCGUUGCUAAAGACGCUGGGAUUAUGCUUGGGGUUCCAUACUUUGUCCCAAGUUGGCAGAUAGGCUCCUUUGGUGCUAUCACAAGAAUAAGGAACAUUGUCUCCAAACGCCAAGACCUUCUCAAGGUUGCAGCUGCAGGCCCUUUAGCCGGCUUCUCCUUGGGUUUUGUCCUUCUUCUUCUGGGAUUCUUCUUACCGCCCAGCGAUGGAAUCGGCACCAUUGUGGACCCUACUGUUUUUCAUGAAUCAUUUCUUGUUGGCAGUCUUGCUAAACUGCUCCUAGGAGAUGCACUGAAGGAGGGUAGUCCGAUAUCUAUCAAUCCGCUAGUGAUAUGGGCAUGGGCUGGACUUCUAAUAAAUGCCAUCAAUAGCAUCCCUGCAGGAGAGCUUGAUGGAGGAAGAAUAUCUUUUGCCAUAUGGGGAAGGAAGACCUCGUCUCGCUUCACAGCUGCCUCGAUCAUCCUUCUCGGGUUAUCUUCACUGUUUAACGACAUUGCCUUCUUCUGGGUCGUUCUGAUAUUCUUCUUGCAGAGAGGUCCAAUCGCCCCAAUCUCGGAAGAGAUCACCGAUCCUGACGACAAAUACAUUUACCUCGGAGUAUUAGUUCUGGCGUUGGGGCUGUUGGUAUGCCUGCCAUACCCAAUCCCUUUUAGAGAAGACGUCAUGACGAGUUUCUUGUGAGGUGGGUAGUGGCAUUGUUAGUUUGUUACUCAAAUCCCCCAAAAGGUACGGUGGAUCUCUUUUACUUACUGCCAUUGUCGUCUACAUGGACCGCAGUUGUGUAAUCCGAGAACUCUUUUUUUGUUUUGUCAAAGAUAUUCCGAAUCGAAUUGAUAGAUAUGAAGAUAGUUAUAAUGAAAUGAAAUCAUCAAACUAUCAAAUAAGAGACUUUUUUAUGGUACAAAAUGGGCAGCAGCCUUUUGAUAGCUUAACGACAUUAACGUCACGAAUCCUGUCAUGAAAGUAUUCAUAAUGCGACGAUCAAAACUCUCGAGCCUCUACACGUUCAUCGGUGAUAGCAAUAGAGUGCGGUUCUGCAAAACUCGUCUUCUGCUCAUGAAAGGACAGCAUCAGCCAGGCUAGACCUGCACAAAUAAGAAACGAAAUUGCCACCAAAAUAUGUUGUUCCUUGAGGGUAAUAGUUUGCCUCUCUGUUAGCAAGACUGUGAUCAUGUCUUGAUGGUGGCUUAUUUAAUGGACAGGGACUAGAGCCAAGGGAACCAGAUGCAGAGCGGUGGGCGAGUAUACGCAUUAGAGAGGCGGCGACGGCUGGAGAAGACAACGAAGGGCAACCAACGUCAGCAUCACAAAGCAGAUACAGAGAGAUCUCAUAGGCUUUCUUUCAGCAGCCAAAUAUUCCUGCACUUGCAGAAUGUCGCUUGGCGAUUCGUCGUGUUCUAGAUUUUCUUGGUCUCGAUCUUCUCCGCCUUCCCAUGUUGCUGCUGUUUGCUCUGUUGACCUCUUCUUGCUCUUCUCCUGUGGAGACGGAGAACUUGGUCGAGCAAUUGAAGCGAUCCUGUAAGGCUGUAACUUGGCACCUCUUUUUGUCGUGAAAUGAAAAUGCUACUGCUG